CAGGGAGAAAGUCCCCGUCAGUCUGGUGGCAGCUUCACCUCAGCGUUGUCUUUGAACCUCUGCAACAUGAUAAAGUCUCUGAGUUUGUCCUCCGAAGGCUCGCUGCCGCCGCCGCUGGAGGACGACGUGGACUCGGUGUGUUCGGACGAGCUGCUCGGCUCUCAGUCCCGCCGCUGGCUGGCGGACUGUCUGACCGAGGACAUGCCUCCGGAGAGCGGAGACUUCUACACGGUGGGCCGGGACGGGCUGUUCGUGGACUACCACUUCCCGCUGGGAGAGCUGGAGAUGCAGUCCGGUGUCCGGUGGAAGAGACCGAAGGAACUCUGUCCUUCACCUCAGUUCAUCGUGGACGGAGCUACUCGGCUGGACAUCUGUCAGGGAAAACUCAAUGACUGCUGGUUACUUUCUGCCAUCGCUUCUCUGUCGGUGCAUCGAUCUCUGCUGAAGAAAGUCGUGCCUCUGGAGCAGAACUUCCAGGACGGAUACAACGGCAGCUUCACCUUCAGGUUCUGGCAGUAUGGUCAGUGGGAGGAGGUGAGGAUCGAUGACCUGCUGCCCACUCAGAACAACAAUCUGAUCUACCUCAGCUCUCCGGAGAAACACGAGUUCUGGAGCUCGCUGCUGGAAAAAGCUUACGCCAAGCUGAAAGGCGGCUACAGAGCUCUGGACAUGGGUUUCCCUCACGAGGCGAUGGUCGAUAUGACCGGUGGAGUGACAGAGGUUUUGAAAGUGCCGUCGCUGCCCAGAGACCUGCCAGCGUUCCUCAGAAACCUGCUGGCUAAAGGAGCUCUGAUCAACUGUGCCAACACGCAGGGUCCUCUGGAGCAGCAGAGCGAGCUGGGAAUCAUGUACCGACAUGCUUAUUCUCUGACUGCAGUUGAGAAGGUAAAGACGGCUCACGGCAUCGUAGAUUUGGUGCGAAUCAUGAAUCCUUGGGGCAACACAGAGUGGCAGGGGCCCUGGAGUGACCUGAAAGGUCCAGAGUGGAACACAGUGAGUGUGGAGGAGCAGCAGCGACUGGGCCGAGUGAGGAGGGAAGACGGAGAAUUCUGGAUGUCGGUGUCAGACUUCAGACAACACUUCGAGAUGAUGGAGGUUUGUCACCUGACUGAAACUCUCAGCAUAUCAGGCUGCAGCGUGUCGCCGUGGUGCUGCAUCAUACAUCAUGGGAGCUGGGUGCCGAACAUCACAGCGGGAGGCCCUGCACAGAGCGGUUGUUUUUCGAAGAACCCUCAGUUCUACUUCAUUCUGUCGGAGGUCGACAGCUGCCCGGAGAGAUCUAAGAAGACCUGCUCCUUUGUCCUGGCUCUGAUGCAGAAAUUCCAGAGACGUCGAGGCAUCGACCUGGCCAUCGCCCUGCACGUUUACCCGGCCCAUCCUAAGAACACCUACCUGUCGCCUAACGACCUGAGAGCCUGCCCCCCCAUCCUCUGCAGCCCCCAGUACUCGUCUCGUCGGGAGGUCGUCCUUCGCGGCUCGCUUCCGCCCGGUCGUUACGUCAUCGUCCCCUCCACCUCAGAGCCCAAUCAGCAGGGAGAUUUCCUCCUCCGGGUGCUGACCGAGCGGGGCAACACCGCCACGCCAGCUCAGAAACCAGCUCCACAAGAAAACGCUUCAGUAACAGAGCAUUCUUUUCCUCACCAAGUUGCUCUUCCUUCACCUAAAUCUACCAGACAGCUGUUCAAGAAGCACUGCAACAAGAAGGGAUUCUGCAAACCGCUGCAUCUCUACAACCUCCUGACUGAGGCCAUACAGGGAGGAGUGCUCGCCGGCAGUGAGAAGUAUUUGGCUCUGGAGCACUGCAAGAGUCUGGUGGUCCUCAUGGAUAGUCAAGGCAUCGCUCAGCUGAACUGGGACGAGUUUCUGAGUCUGUGGGACAAGAUUAGAAAGUGGACGGAUAUUUUCUUGUUCUAUGACAAGAACAAAACUCAGCGUCUGGAGUAUCAGGAGGUGUCUCUGGCUCUGAGGGCAGCAGGCAUCAUGGUGGACGAUCUGGUGAUGCAGCUGGUUGGACUCAGAUACACGGAACCCGACAUGACGAUCAACUAUCCUGGAUUCUUGUACCUGCUGAUGAAGCUGGAGAGUAUGAUCCAUAAAUUCCAAGCGUACGACAUGGUGGGGAUGGGAACCGUCACCAUCAGCUACAGACAGUGGCUCCACAUGACCAUGUACAACUGAACUGACUCACAUUCACCAGGAUCCACUUCUCUUUAUCUUCUGAUCAUUUCAAUGCUUUUAUUUCUUCUUAAACGUCUUCUGCUGUUAGUUUUUCCUCUCGUUUGUCGUCGAGCCGUCAAACAGUAACAGCGAAAACGUCGGCGGUUAAACGUUAAAGCGAUGUGAAGUUUAUGAUUCACCGAGUCGCUGAAACUUCGCUUAUUUCUUCUAUCGACUGUGAAAUCGUUCAUCCGGCGUCUAAAUUAGAGAUUUAAGGCCUCCGUCCUGCAGCCUGAUGGGAAAAUAAACAGAAAAAUAACCACAAUUUAUAGCCAAAAUACACUGUUUCUGCUCAUCGGUGCUGCUUUUGUGAUGAAAUAAAGUCAAAUAUGACAAUCUGAUGCAGUAAAUUCAUACAAACGUGCAUUUUUAUUUCACUUUCACUCCUUUUUUCAUCUUCAAAUGUUCCACAUUGACGACUCUUAAAUGUUUUAUUUGACAUUUCAUUCUCCUCCGUGAUGCAUUUCUUUGUUAAAUGAAAAACAAUGAACUGAAUGAUCCAUUUAUCCUGCUGGAUGUGUGAUUGUAAAACAUGUACAUAAAGAGCUGUGUGAAUAAAGAAUGUGAAAAACA